UGCGGCGGGGCCGGCCGGGCCGGGUGCCGUGUGCGCCCCGCGCAGCCAUGCGCCAGCCCCGCUGAUGGGGCGUCCCGCGCCCUGCGCCCUGCUGCUGGCCGCUGUCCUGCUGCUGGCCGGGCCCCGGGCCGGAGCGCCGCGCCCCCGCGUCACCGCCAACUUCGCCUGCAGAGUCAGGGUGGACAGUGCCCUCCCAAGGCCCCGGUGUCGCCAGAGGGAGCAGGAUGGAGCAGGCCUGUCCCCGCCAGCCCUAGCUCUGAGCACUGCCCGGCUGUGCCAGGCCUCCCGCGACUGCCAGCCAUGCGUGCAUGUGCGUCUGGCCCUGCACACCGCAGGGCUGGGGAGUGUCCGUGGGCUGCGGCUGGAUUUCCUGGUGCUGGGCUCCAACAGGGCCAGCUGGCUGAAGGUCUGGAGAAAGCAGCCGGAGGCUGCAGGCUCCCUGUGGCAGGUGCAGUUCGACUGUUUCCCGGUGGAGAGCGGGCACCGUGUUCUGGUCUCGCUUGGCACCGUCCCUGACCAGGGGCUGAGCCUCAACCGGAGCCACCUGGUCGCUGCAGAGCCGGCAGGCCCCAAGUUCAGCUACGCCUGGCGCCCGGAGGCACGGGCCAUUGAGGUGUCGGUGCCCGAGGGCCCUGCCCUGGCCGUGCGGCUGUGCCACCAGCUGGCCCUGGAGUGCGAGGAGCUGUCCACCCCCUUCCCCCGACAGGCGUUGGUGUCUGGGGGUCACAGUGUUGUGCUGCCCUACGAGUUCCUGGUGCCCUGUCUCUGCAUUGAGGCCUCCUACCAGCACCGUGACAGCCUCCGCACCAAGCUGUGCCCUUUCCAGCCCCAGCCGGAAGCUUAUGGCUCCGAGCUGUGGGCGUCCAUGCAGUUCCAUGACUUCAGCGCCAGCAGUGAGGCCAACAUGCUCAUGGUGCUGAGUGCCCGUUGCCCGCUGCACCCGACCGCCACCCUGUGCUGGAAGGAGAGUGACACGGGGGCCUGCCACAGUGUCCCCAACUCCACAGCCAUGGAGUCCAACCAGGCCUACACCGUGGAGAAGGUGGAUGUGCAUCCUCUGCUCUGCUUCAAGUUCUCCUACGGCAACAGCAGCCACGUGGAGUGCCCGCACCGGCCAGACACCGCCUGGAACGUGUCCAUGAGCAUCUGGUUCCUGCAGCUUCUCCUGCGUGUGACCUCCACUGUCCCGGCAUCCUUCAGCGCAGCCCUGUGCCGGCAGCAGGGGAGCCGGUGUGAGCCAGAGGCACCUGUCUACACCGUCACAAGCCCAGAGAGCUUCGGCCCCAGGGAGCUGAGCCUGCUGCUGCCGCUGCAGAUCAUGGGCGGCUGUGUGCUGGUGUGGCGCUCCGACGUGCACUUUGCCCGGAAGCAGCUCCUGUGCGCAGAUGUUGCUCGCAAGCGCUUUGGGCUGCUCGCCCUGGGGCUGGGCCUGGCUCUGGGGCUGCUGGGCACUGUCCUGCUGCUGAAUUGCAGGAGCCUCCGGAAACUCACCACAGCGCCGCGGGGCCGUCGGCCCGUCCUGCUGGUCUAUUCCCCCGACUCCGAGGAGCACAAGGUUCUGGUCUGCACCUUGGCGGACGUGCUGUGCUCGGCGCUGGGCUGCGACGUGCGGCUGGACCUGUGGGAGGCGGGCAGCGUGGGGCGGCUGGGGGCACUGCCCUGGCUCUAUGUGCAGCGGGAGCGGGUGGCCCGGGAGCAGGGCACCGUGCUGAUCCUGUGGAGCCAGGGCAGCGCCCGGCUCUACCAGCUGUGGCGGGGGGCAGCUGCAGGCAGCUGCGGCUCUCCGGACCCCCACGAUCUGUUCGGCGCAGCCAUGUCCUGUCUGCAGAGCGAGCUGCAGGUGGGCGGGGGGGCAGGGCAGCUGGGCGACUGGGCGCUGGCCUACUUUGGCGAGCUGUGCAGCCGGCGAGAUGUGCCGCCUGCCCUGUGCCUGCUGCCCUGCUACCGCCUGCCGCGGGAGCUGCCUGGCCUGGCCUGCUUGCUGCAGGGCAGCGCCCGGCCCCCCGCCUGGUUGCGCCCCAGCACGCUGCUGCACCGGCUGCUCAUGUCGGAGAAGAGGAAGUGCCUGCAAGGCAGGGUGGAGCUGUGCCGGCUGCAGCAGCCCGAGGGGGCGCCCCUGGCCAGGCUGGCAGCCCACCAGGUGGGGUCUGUGGGGCCCAGCCCCCGCGCCCCUCCAGCCAGGCCGACCUCGCAGAGACCCAGCUGCACCUGAGCACGCUGCAGUGGGCCACGUGCCAAGGACCUGGGCCGGGAAGGGAUGAUGGGGAGGGUCCCUGGAGAUGCCAGAGAGGGGCUGGUGGGGACAUGGCUGGGCUCCAGGGUGCCACAUCCAUUCCCAAGACCAAACGUGUCUGCAAGAGGCUGGCAGCCCCCGGACCCAGGAGAACCCAGGUGUCCUGACAAGGGGCAGCCUGUGAGCCUGGGUUUGCUGCGGGCUGGAAACUGCCUGGUGCCGGGUCUGUUGGGGGCAAUGGGGCUUGGACAUUUGCCCUCUUGCAGCCAGCUCUUGGGCAGGACCUGCCGCCUCCUCUGGGGACCACUGUGGGGUCUGUUGCCAUGGCCACGAGUGUGGAGAGACUAUAUGGCCCUGAGGGGGAGGGGCAGGCCUGGGUGGAGAGGGCAGGUCUGUAUGGCCCUGAGGGGCGGGCCCCUGGGGAGGGGGUGAGGCUGGCCCUGUCAUGGCCCCGAGGGGCGGGCUCCCGGGGAGGGGGUGAGGCUGGCCCUGUCGUGGCCCUGAGGGGGCAGAGUCCUGCGUGAGCCCCCUGCCAUGCUGUCACUGACCCUGCCCAGGGGUGAGAGCGGGCUUGGGGGCAGGUGACCUGUUCAGGGGGCUCUGCCCACAGCAGGGCCAGUGCCCAUCAGUCCCUGCCUGCCCGGGGCCCAGCAGAGCAAGCACUUGCUCCCCGCUCAGCUGGCGUGGCAGGCAGAGCCCCCGGCCGGCUCGGGUGCCGGAGCUGGAUUCGGAGGUGUCUGGACAUUGAAUAAAUGAGUUUUAUGGCCUGUGAGGGCUCGGCUGAUCCAUCCGGCUGUGGGGGGCCUGUUGCGGAGCUCCUGGCCUCGCCCCAGCUGUGCCAAGGUGGUGUCCUGCCAGGCUGGGAGCCCAGGUAGCUGGUGGUGCCGCCCCAAGGGACGUGGGUGCCACCUCACAGCUCUGGGGGCUGGGAUUUGGGGUAAAGCUGAUGGCACCCGAGGACUUGUUCACCGCCAGUCCCUAGCUGACUUGGGCUGAGCGAGCCCCUGACCAUCCCUGGAUUUGGGACUGGGCACAGCCCGUCCUGGGAGGGACAUUGGGCCAGUUGUGCCACCCACCCCAUUCCCUAGUCUCUUGAGUAGGUGCCCUGGGGAGCAUCCACCCUGCAAGGAGAAUGUGGGCACUGUCUGGAAGGGCCCCGAGCCCCCAGCCUCCUGCGAGCUCUGGCAUCAGGCCGGGCCUGGCAUGAAUCCCAGGGCGCGGGCACUUGCUGAGCCUGCCAGCUGGGCACUGAUGGACACCUCCCCCCUCCUCCCUGUCAUGGUGCAGCCUGGGCAUGUUGCUGACCGGGGUCAGGCUCUGCCGCAGGGCCCGGCAAUCCCCGGCAGUGUGGGGACUCUGGCCUAGUCACCGUCCCCCGUCCCACCAGCUUGCCUGCCUGCCAGGGCCCAGCCUGCAGGAAGCAGCGACAUCCCUGUGUGGAUGGUCCCUGGCUCUGUGUCGCCUCCCCUCCCCACCUCCCUGGCCUGCCCGCUCAACAUGGCCCUACCCCUCGCACCUCCCCCAAGCAGGUGCUGUCCCCCUAGGGAGACGGCCCGGAGCUCGUGUCACUCCCUCAGCUCCGAAGAGGCGCAGAGCACUCCUCCGGGGGUGAGGGGCCCGGGCGCCCUAGCAGCCACUGCCUCGUGGGCUCUCACCAGGCACUGAGUACAGCCUGCCCACUGCUCCUGCCCUUGGCCACUCCUGAGCUUGGCCAGGCUGGGGCACCACGACCCCAGUGAGGAUGUGGGCACUGAGGCUGGGGGGGUGCGGGGGGAUGCGGGCACUGAGGCUGGGACAGGUGCGGGGGGGAUGCAACCCCCUGUGAGGAACUGGGAUUGUUCUUAAUGUGGUCUUUGAAUGCUGAGUGGGGAGUAUUGACCUGGGAAGGCAGGGGAGUUUGGCUAGGACGGUCUGCAUUGGGGGAUGGGAGACUGGCCUUGAGGGAAGAUACCUGAGCAUGUAACGUGAGAACCCAGGUGGGGGUUGGGGCCAGGUGACACCUCUGCCCAGGAAACUGGACAAAGGCUGGGGAGAGACGCUGGAGGGAGUUGGAGUUGUCAGGAGCUGGCUGGCGUAAUGGAGGGGAGCCCAGACGGGUCUCUGACCCCCCAACGGGGCUGUGGUGCCCCUGGGACCCCAAGAUGGACCUAACUGGGGGGGGUCCUGUUGUCUGUACCUGCAAGACCUGUCUUGGACUGUGUUCCUGUCGUCUAAAUAAACCUUCUGCUUUACUGGC